UCUUGGUGGCUGCGCCGCAGAUCCGACCUCGUUGUCCUCUAUCUUGAGUCAGGUUGGGGUCCUUUUGCAGCGAGUCUUUACAACAAGGCAACAGUUGCUGCGCACCGGACAAGCUCCGAUGAAUCUGGUGACGUGCCGCCAAAUGAGUUGGAGAUGCCGGGCCGCCAUCGCGAAGCUGUGAGCUACUCAGGUUUCGUUCAUUUGCCGCCAAACGCCGCUUUGCGUCGAUGGGGGUUUACGCGUUUGGGGCGAGCAUCAAUUUCCGACACCCUCCCAUCAUCCCCCCCGCGAUCUUGCAUGGCCAGCCAUCCCUCGGCGGUCCAGUCCCUCUAAGGUUCAGUUAGUAGUACUGUAGUUAUCCAUCAGAAAGCACCCGGUGGGGGGUUAACUGACGCGAAACGGUACGGUUACCAUGGGGGAGGGGGCAGAGCUCGGGAUCCCGAGCAAUGGUCGCCGUUAACUUGGCUAUUACCACCGUUUUCUAACACGUCCCUGCCCCUUCGCCCUAGCUUGAUUUGCCUUGGACGGCCAGGCCGAGGCGCAGCUGAAGCCCCUUCUUAGGCGGAACCUUAUCCAUCUGCCUGUUGUUUGCUGGUCCCCCUCCUCCACCACCGACAAAAAGGCCCUAAGGAACUGGGACCGCCUUCCGAAACGCCGCCGAGGGAAAAGAGGGCCCUGGUGCAUCUAGUACGAAAGAAAAAUAAAUAAUAAAAAUAAAUAAAUAAAUAAAAAUAAUCCAAAAAUGAGAAGUUUCUGGAUAAUCUCUUGAGUUUGUAUGAGUUUCUUCCCUAUAAACGCAAUCCCCAAAGGAUUCCCGUUCCAACAAAUCCAUAUACUUGGCCCUCGGUCUAUAUCAAGAACACCAUUCCCGGCACUUGGUCACAUAUCUUUUGCAUUUCGAUUUAUAAACAUUUAAUAUACCCUUGUCAUUUCUUUUCCAAGGAUUUCUCUCUCUGCUACAGAUCGGAUCAGAUUCUCCAAUCUCGAACCCCCUACCCUGCCCUCGUCCGUCGCCUCAUCCAUUAUUAUAUCUUUGUCACCCAUCACCCAAUCCCGCCCUUGCUUCCAAAGCAAGUUUCCAGUCCACAUGUCAGAAGAACUAUUCUCAGGCGUGUGCUUUGCAAAGAGUCUUGCUUCCUGCAGCCCUUUAUCUUCAACAUCUUGGAAAAAGCAAAAGUCGUUUGACUGGUCAGCUUCGGCGACCAAGCACAUCCCCUCGGGCCAGACGGAGCUGCUCUCCCAGGCCCUUUAUCCACUUUCACCCAGCGCAAACGCGGCAGACCAAGACUUGAAGCUUCCAGGUGAUGCUUCUUCGCCCGCCCUUGUUCUUCCUCCAUCCCCAACGUCUAUUCUCUCCUCCUAUGCCCGAUCCCAAGGUGAAGAGCACUCUUCCCACUCACCAUCCAACUCUUGGACUGGCAGCCCUCUAGAUCCUAGCAUGGGUGAGCGUGGCGCUUCUGAUUCUGCUGCCCAAGGUUGGACCAGCACUACCACAAAGUCCCAAAACGACUCUUCACAACGAGAAAACUUUGCUCUGUCUUACGACAAGAGCUUUGCUGCCUCGAACCAUCCCAGCAUUACUUCUGGCCCUGAGCUCUCUGGCGGAAUGUAUUCUACAAACCUGUCUGCACCCUAUUGGUACAACUCCCUCAUGGGUGGUGCCGCCACCGGAACCCUUCCGCAAGGCAGCACGGACAUCUCCGAUGCAAUGGACACUGAAAAACAGCUCCAAGGCUCGGAAGAAUAUCCUGUCAACUCCAACCUUUUUUCAAAUGGAAUCAACUGGGGCUCCGACGGUGCGUCUUCGAAGCCAAGCAGUCAAGCGGCUGGCCUACACCGUCAAAUGACCAGACAGUCAUGGGCCGGACAACCACCGACUUCUGAAAACCCAAGACUAAUGCCAGACGUGGCGUUGAUGUCCUCUUCCCAAGUUCCUAUCGUCCCAUCCAAUAGUGGCCCUCACGCGGGAUCUGUCUCUUCUGGCUGGAAUAGCCAGAAUGGCAGCUCGACAGGAUUCUCUCGAACUAGCACACGCAAGGCUUCGGUCGCUAGUACUCCAUUAAAGAAACAGAGAUCACAUAGUGUGGCUAGCGAAAGCUCGUCCAGACGCGCCGUCAAUCAGUCGGGCAUGAGCAAGGACAAGCCACGCUCGAGCGACAGGACUACUCACAACGACGUUGAGCGCAAGUAUCGCAUGAACCUCAAGGACAAAAUUGCAGAGCUCAAGGCCGCCGUUCCCUCUCUGCAGACAGCAUCGGAGGGUGAUUCGGAUGGCGGGCUUGGUAACGCUGGCGCUUCCAAGAUCAGCAAGGGAACAAUUCUUAGCAAGGCCACUGAAUAUAUCCAUGAGCUGGAACAAGUAAAUCGUAUGAUUCUCACGGAGCAUCACCAGCUUGUCCAACGCGUCCAGCAACUGGAGAGCAUUUUGCAAGAGGGCGGCGUCCCACACGCGCCGACUCAAUAUGGCCAGUUUGAUCCUCAAAACUUCCCAUAGGCUUUCUUUUGUCGUGGCUUUUUGUUUUUUUAUUUCUGGUGUUUUGUUUGCAUUUCGUUUACUUGGUUUUGGUCCUCGGCUUUUCGCUUUCGUUUUGGGCGCUAUUUCGGGUGCCGGAGUUUGUGUUGAACCGGAAUACAAUUACUUGAUUUCAGGCGCAUGCGAGGCAUUGGGGCUGCAUAAGGGUUUUAUACAUUGGGAUCUGUCUUAUUUGACUUUUAUAGAUGAUACAUAUAUGUAUAUAUAUCCAUUUUGUUUUAAUUACCAUCGUUAUUAUUCCAG